CAGUCAUGUGCCCAGUCAAGAUGGCGGCGCUCAGGGCGGCGGUGCUGGCGCUGGCGGGGCUGGGCUUGGCCCUCGGCGGCGCGGCUGCCGCCGUCCCGCUGGUCAUCUGGCACGGCAUGGGAGACAGUUGCUGCAACCCGCAGAGCAUGGGCUACAUUAAAAAAAUAGUGGAGAAUAAAAUACCGGGGAUAUACGUCCUGUCUCUCAAGAUCGGAAGCAACUUGAUACAGGAUAUGGAGAACAGCUUCUUUAUGAACGUGAACGAUCAAGUGAGAGAGGUGUGUGAGCAGCUCGCAAAGGACCCUCGUCUGAAAGGAGGCUACAACGCAAUGGGCUUCUCCCAAGGGGGCCAGUUCCUGAGGGCCGUGGCGCAGAGGUGUCCUUCUCCUCCCAUGUUCAAUUUGAUCUCCAUUGGGGGGCAGCACCAAGGGGUGUACGGCUUUCCACGCUGUCCUGGGGAGAGCUCCCGAAUCUGUGACUGGAUCCGAAAGACGCUGGAUCUGGGCGCCUACACACAAGCUGUUCAGGAGCAUUUGGUGCAAGCAGAAUAUUGGCACGACCCGCUGAAGGAGGAGGACUACAGGAAAAACAGCAUCUUUUUGGCUGACAUAAAUCAGGAGAGGGGCAUCAAUGAGACGUACAAGAAAAACCUGAUGGCUCUGAAGAAGUUUGUGAUGGUGAAGUUUCUCAAUGAUACCAUGGUGGACCCUCCAAUCUCUGAGGUGAGGGAGGGCAAGUGCUGCCUUUGGGUGGUACUUUGGUUCUUGCUUGCUCAUUUCUGCUCAGUCCUUUGGUGGCAGAACUUGAGGUUGGUGAGGAGCAGGCUGAGCACAAACAGGCCUGAUACUGCACUGUCUCCAGCAGAAGCUGGUGAAAGCCUGCUUAUCUCCUGGGAGCCCUUCAGCAGCUCUUCCUUCAUUUUUAUUCUGACAGUGGUUUGGGUUUUACAAAAGUGGCCAGGCCAAGGAGACCAUCCCGCUGAAGGAGACCUCACUGUACAUAGAGGAUCGCCUGGGGCUGCAGGAGAUGGACAAAGCAGGAAAACUGGUGUUCCUGGGGGUGAAAGGGGAUCACCUCCACUUCUCCGAAGAGUGGUUUUACAGCACUAUCCUCCCCUUCCUCCAGUGAAGCUGAGGGGAGGCUGCACCCUGGGAGAAUCCACCACUGUAGUUAAUGCAGCUGCUACUGUGCAACAGCACUUUGUGUGUACAAUCCUGCGGGGACCUGGGGAAGGGGAAGAAGAGGAAUUUUUAGCUCAGCAGUGCCACAGCGUGCAGAGGUGGCACUUCUAACGCUGCAGUCAGAGAUUGGGAUUCGUCUGGAUGUAAUUACACUCCGAGAAGGGUGGAUUAAG